CGUCAAUGUGUUUGGGAUUGAAUUAAAUACACUUCAUUAUUUGUGUAGCAAUUGUUCACAUUAUCUCAUAUUGUAGGAUGAAGAUAGACAUACGAGAUCAGAGAAAGAGAGAGAGAAAAUAGUAGCUAAGAAGUCUUGAGGUAAUUUUAAGUCUUAAAAAAAAAGAACUAAAAAAUAAGUCAUCAUUUAAUAUGUCAAUUUUAAUCUCUUUUGGUAGUCAUAAUGUGAAGAUUUGAAAAAGAAUUACAAGUUUUCGCCUUUUUUUUCAUUGUUGCUGAAAAUAUCAAGAUAUUUAGUUUAUAUUUAGACAAAAAAAUCGUAGUUUAUUUAAUUAGUCAACGUUUAUCAUAUAUCCAGAUCGAAAUUGGUUUUAGAUUCAAAUAACGUAAAAAAGGUUUUUUUUUAACUUUCUUUUGAAAUAUUUUAAUUUAUGUUUUUUGUUUUUAUAUUUAAAUAGACAAAUAUGCUUGGCAAACAAUUAAAUACUUCAAUUACUAAUCUUGUUACAUCAAUGGAUAUAAAUUAUGAACAUAGUGCAAUAUCAACAAUAUCUGAAACUACACUUGAUCAACGAAAAACUGCAUCGGAAGAAAAACCAUCAUCAAUUGUAUGUAGAAUAAUUGCAAGAUUUCUUUUUUUUUUAUUUUGUAAAUAUAAAAAACCUUAA